AUGGGCAGCAUGCAGCGGCUGCUUGUAUCUGGCCCUGUGCGCGCCCUGGGCGCAUGGGGGAUGCGCUGCAGCGGCAGCCGCCUCCGGGGUCCCGGCACGCUGCCUCUGGCGAAACUCUGCGACCCCAGGCACAGCUCGAGCCGCCAGGCCUCGGACGCCACCUUUAACCAGCCCCCAAGCUCGGAGUUCGUGGCCCGGUCCGUGGGUAUCUGCUCCAUGAUGCGGCUGCCCGUGCAGGCCUCCCCUGAGGGACUGGACGCCGCCUUCGUCGGGGUGCCCCUCGACAUUGGGACCUCCAAUCGGCCCGGGGCAAGAUUCGGACCCCGACGGAUCAGAGAGGAAUCAGUGUUGCUGCGGGCCAUCAAUCCCAGCACCGGGGCCUUCCCCUUCCAGUCCCUCAUGGUUGCGGACCUGGGCGAUGUGAACGUCAACCUUUACAACCUUCAGGACAGCUGCCGGCUCAUUCGCGAGGCCUUCCAGAAGAUCACAGCAGCUGGCUGUGUUCCUCUGACCUUGGGUGGAGACCACACGAUUACAUAUCCCAUAUUGCAAGCGAUAGCUGAAAAGCAUGGCCCCGUGGGACUGCUGCAUGUGGAUGCUCACACAGACACGGCCGACAAGGCCCUGGGGGAGAAGAUCUAUCACGGGGCGCCCUUCCGACGAUGCGUGGACGAGGGCCUCCUGGACUGUAAGCGAGUGGUGCAGAUCGGCAUUCGGGGCACUUCCUUCACCUUGGAUCCCUACAGAUACAACCGGAGUCAGGGCUUCCGCGUUGUCCUGGCUGAAGACUGCUGGAUGAAGUCGCUGGUUCCUCUGAUGGGAGAGGUGAGGCAGCAGAUGGGAGGCAAGCCCAUUUAUAUCAGCUUUGACAUUGACGCCUUGGAUCCUGCCUAUGCCCCGGGGACAGGGACGCCUGAAAUUGCUGGGCUUACCCCAAGUCAGGCUCUGGAGAUCAUCCGGGGCUGUCAGGGCCUGAACGUGGUGGGUUGUGAUCUUGUGGAAGUUUCACCCUUGUAUGAUCAUUCUGGAAACACAGCACUGCUGGCGGCCAACCUGUUGUUUGAAAUGCUGUGUGUUCUCCCCAAAGUGAAAACUGCCUGAGCUUGUGUUUCUCAAGAGGUAAGAGCAGACAGCAUUGCCGGCAAGUUCUUAAUAAGAACUUGUCAGCAAGCAG